GGAGUCAUCCGUUAAACGUCUAGCAUGUGAAAAUGGAUAAAUUUCAAUUUCUGAUUUCAGUUUUUCUUAUUUCAUUAAACUGUGAAGAAAUGACCAUGCAAAAUGUAACUUUUUACAACACACCACAAACAUGGAAACAUGCUGCUAAUUUCUGUUCAAAAAAAGGAGGAGUACUGGAAAGUAAUGUAACUUCAUUAAUGGAACUAGAAGAAUUCAAAAGUGCAGACAAAGAUGUGUGGAUUGGAAAAUUUAGAAUAUCAACUAAUUGGACAUAUAUACAAGGAUGUUAUUUAAUAAAUGGAAAGUUUCAACACUUUAAACUUAAACGUUAUAAAACUUUGGAGCUGGAAUGUCAAAUGUUAUGCGAGAAGUACCAAUUUUAUAGUAUAAAGGAAGAAGAUUGUUAUUGUAUUGCAAAUAUAAGUUCCUUCGUUAGAAACACAAACUGCAAUUGUGUCGGCUGUUACAACGUCUGGGAACAUCAACUCCCAAAAUUUUAUUCUGCGCAAAAGGACGAAAAAUGCAUCGCUGCAAAAGAAUGUGUCAACGGGAAACUCGAACGCAGUUAUGAGAAGUGCGAUUCAAAUUAUUAUGUUACCUGUGAUAAUGGUACAGAACUAGGAUAUAAACAUGGUAACGACUAUCAUGCUGCAGCAGAGGAUUGUGAACGACGAGGAUCUUUUAUUAAAUGGUAUUCUAACAGUUUGUGUUUAGAAACUCCAUUUCCACCAUAUUGGACAAGUGGGACAAGAUAUACCGAAACAUUUUUACUUAGAAAACCAUGUAAGAUAUUUCCCUCACCAUUUAGGUUAUAUUAA